GGCCUCUCCAAGAUUUACUCUCAUGAACAAUUAAUCAUUGAAAUCCCUGAAACAGCCCAUAAGAUCAGCAGUGACUCGUGGUUUCAAGUGGGGUUUGUUCUUACAACGGGUAUCAACAGUGCUUAUGUGUUGGGGUAUUCAGGUGCAGUCAUGGUUCCUCUUGGUUGGGUUGGUGGAGUCGUGGGUUUAAUCGCAGCUACAGCCAUAUCACUAUAUGCAAAUGUCCUCAUUGCCAGGCUCCAUGAGUUUGGUGGGAAGAGGCAUAUCAGAUACAGAGACCUUGCAGCCUAUGUGUAUGGUCCAAAAGCUUAUUCUCUUACAUGGAUCUUGCAAUAUGUGAAUCUUUUCAUGAUUAACGUCGGUUAUAUCAUGUUGGCUGGUCAGGCUCUAAAGGCCAUUUAUAUCAUUUUUAGGGAUGAUGGUGCCAUGAAGCUCCCAUACUUCAUUGCAAUCUCAGGGUUCACAUGUGCCAUUUUUGCAAUCUGUAUCCCUCAUCUUUCCGCUCUAAGAAUUUGGUUGGGAGUUUCUACAAUCCUAAGCAUCGUAUAUAUUGUUACAGCAGUUGUCCUGUCUCUUCGUGAUGGAAUUCAAUCUCCACCAAGGGACUAUAGCAAGCCAGGAACACACACAAGCAAGAUCUUUACAAUCAUUGGUGCUUCUGCAAGUCUUGUGUUUGCUUUCAACACCGGAAUGCUCCCAGAGAUACAGGCAACAGUGAGACCGCCAGUUGUUAGUAACAUGAUAAAGGCUCUAUACUUCCAGUUCUCAGUAGGAGUUUUGCCACUAUAUGCGGUUGUCUUUAUGGGGUACUGGGCUUACGGCAAUGGUGCCUCAUCCUAUUUGCUCAACAACGUUCAUGGUCCACUUUGGUUGAAGACAUUUGCCAACAUAUCUGCCUUUUUCCAGUCUGUUAUAUCUCUGCACAUAUUUGCAAGUCCGUUGUACGAGUAUUUGGACACCAAAUAUGGAAUAAAAGGAAGUGCAUUGGCCCUUAGAAACUUCUUGUUCAGAAUCAUGGUGAGAGGGGGUUAUCUUAGCAUCACCACUUUUGUAUCGGCAGCAUUGCCAUUUCUUGGAGACUUCAUGAGCCUAACAGGGGCGAUCAGUACUUUCCCACUGACAUUUAUUCUUGCAAAUCACAUGUAUUUAGUAGCCAAGGAAAAUAACCUCAGUUGUUUACAGAAGUCAUGGCAUUGGCUCAAUGUUUGUUUCUUUGCUAUCAUGGCUGUAGCAGCAGCAACUGCUGCCUUGAGGCUAAUUGCUGUAGACUCCAAUACUUAUCACUUUUUUGCUGAUAUGUGA